AUGCGCCGCAAGGCGUGCAAUGCCUGUGUGCAGGCCAAGACCAAAUGCUGCUAUACGCAACCGACCUGCUCGCGAUGUGCCAAACGGGGCAUCCUUUGUGAGUAUGCGUCCACGGCCAACACGGUGACCACCGUUCCCUCCACCUAUUCUGCAUCCUCCUCGUCUACCUCGGCACCAGAGAAUCUUGCCCGACCCGAAGAAACCCGUAUGAGCACGACCGAUUACCCGUCGCUCUGGAGCCGUCGGAGCCCUCAGAGUGGUCCCGGUGCCGACAGCUUGGACUCGUGGAACUCCCAGAACCUCUUCUGGUCCCUGGAUACAUUCGAUCUCCCAUCGUUGCCCUCCCACGUGGUCUCCGAAGGGACCCGGGGCCCGACGCCGGCGAUCUCCACCAGCCUUCCAAGCCUCACAUUUCCCUUGCCCUCGCCUCCGUCGCAACCGCCGUAUCGGACGCUGGUCGAGGAGACGUCCGUGGUGCCACCGGGUCCAGGGAUGCCCGACUUGUCCUGCCUCGCUGGUCCUGGCUCGCGCGAUGCCUACAACUCGCCGCUGGCAUCGGUGCCCAGUCCAGAUGGGCUGGGAGGGCACCCGUCCAACAACGUGCGUCUGCUCCAACAGUAUCCGAAGCUCUUGCUGCAGGAUGACUUCUACUGUCCCUUUCUGCACCGCGCCCUGUUCAACGAGCACGUGCCGGACAUGACGAUUCUGCCGCACACCUCCAUGGCCAUUUGUUGCGGCAGUGCCUUGGAAGCUAAGGACGGCGUGGGCUACAUCAAGCGCGCUAUGGACGCGCAACGACAAAGCCUGAUCGAGUCAUAUCCCACCUACCAUUGCGUGGAACAGUGGGACGCUCUCCAUGCCAUGCUCCUUUAUGAAAUCCUCGAAAUGCGGGUGGCGCCCGUCGACGAAUCCGAGAGUUGGAAACGGAAGCGUCGCAUGAAUGGGCUGAAAUCGCCGUUUCUCUCCAAAAUGACCCAGUGUUUUUCCCGGUCCUACCUCGACGCGCACGAUGCGGCGCUCCUGCCCUCGGCCGAUCUCAACGGCUCUUGGGUCAAAUGGGCCGUCACCGAAACCGCGCGCCGCACCAUCUUUCUCGCCAACAUCGUCAACUUCUUCAGCAACCGCGAUCUCGAGUCGGAGAGCCAAUCACACUACUACGAGCCCCUCAACGACGAGCUCAUCAUGAACAUGCCUCUGCCUUGUAAUCAAGCGCUGUGGAAUGCCCGCACCGAAGACGAGUGGCUCCGGGCCACACAGAUGGUCCAGCCCGCGUCGCCCAAGAGCUUCGCCGAUGCGCCCGACGCGUUGUCUCCCUUUGGUGCGGCUGCUGGUGGUGGCGCGGCCGCGUGCCCGCACAUCCCAGUCGGAGAGCAGGUCUCGAAUCAACAUCACCAACCGUCACUCAAGUUACUCUUCUCCAAGUUUGCCAAGGACUAUCUCCGGGCAAAUUUCGCGACGAAUGCGGGGUUUUCCGACUCCGACAAGCUCCGGUCGUUCAUCAUUCUCUGUGCGCUGGAGCAGUUUUCAUGA